CAAACAUCGGCUCACGUCCUGAUCUCAACCAUAUGGUGCGGAAGCUUACACAGCCGCCAUGGGACACUGCGUGGUGAUUUGUGCAGCGCUCCUGUCUUCGUUGGGUGCGUUUCUCUUUGGGUUGGACAUCGGCUACAUCGCUCCCAUCUUGGAAUGUUGGUCCUUCAAGCGUGACGUGGCGCAUCUCGACGACGAAACUGCAAAGAUCGGCAGUUUGACGGCCGGCUUCAUCGUCAGCAUUUUUUCGCUUGGCUGCAUUGGCGCAUCAUUUCCUCUUGUGAGCACAUAUUUCUUGGACUCGUGGGGUCGCAAGGAUUCCAUCAUGCUCGGCACCUUGGUCUUUCUGCUGGGCUGUUGGCUCCAAGCACGUGCCAUGUCCAUCUGGAUGAUGUGCCUGGGCCGUUUGGUCAGCGGUUGCGCCAUCGGUUUGCUGAGCACCACGGUGGCCCUGUACCAGAGCGAGGUGGCACCGGCACAGAUGCGGGGCGGCCUGACGUCGCUGUAUCAGUUCAUGAUCACAGCUGGUAUCUUAGCAGCGGCUGCCGCGGACGUGUUUUUAGUGGAGUUGGAAGAUGGCUGGAGAUAUGCAAUCUGCUUGCAGGUGCUACCUGCUCUGGUCCUUCUGGGUGGUAUGCUCUGCUUGCCUCGUUCACCUCGAUGGUUGGUGCAGCAGGGCCGAUCCGAUGAAGCUCUGUCGGCUUUGCUUCAAUUGCGGGACGAAAGGUCUGCUCGAGAGGAGCUGAAGGAAAUCGUGGCCAACUGGGAGGCCAUCGGCCACGGAGGAACCUGGAGCGAUAUGCCCCGGAGCACCAAACGCGUGCUGGCGGUGGGCGUCACCAUGCAACUGCUUCAGCAGCUGGUGGGAAUGAACGCCUUCAUGUACUUCGGCCCACGCAUUUUCCAUUCCCUUCACUUGAACGAAAACAAGUUUCAGGCAAUGAACAAUGCUGUGAACUGUUUGGCGACCUUGCCUGCCCUCUGUUUGGCCGAUCGUUGCGGGCGCAGAUGUUUGUUGAUCUGGGGAGCUGUUGGCAUGACCAUCUCGUGUUGCAUCAUGGCGGUAGUGGGGCUCGCAAAAGAUGAAGG